UUUAUUAUUGUUUUAUCUAUUUUACGAUUUAUCUCCAGUAAAGAUAAUCACAACUGAUCGUUUUCAUUGCCCUAAGAACACGUAAAGUCCACGUCAUUUUUUUAUAACGAAACUUGAAGCCCCCUUAAGAUACCUAACCUAGAAGUUGUGUUAGUAAUCUAAAAAAUGGAACGACUCCCCAGAACUGCCUAUUUACGGGAAUUCGAGGCAAAAAAUCAGUGUGAAUUGUUGUUCGAUUUGACUGUCGAGUUGCCAAAAAUCGGCGUAUUACAAGAAGAAGUGCGAGCAGUUCGCCGAAUUACAGACACAGUGGAGUCCCUCCUCCAGCACAUAAUAAACAAGCUCGAACUCUCCAUCAAGAAACUGAAAAAACAAGCCCAGAUCGAACACGAGGAUGAGGUCCAGGUGAACAUAUCGCUGAAAAACGCCUUGACCGAAAAACCAAUCAAGCCCAAAAUGGUUUUGAAGAACUUGAUCAACGCCAGAAUGAGCAACGUGGAGUUUCAAAUUUUUGACCAGCGUUACGUGGUUGUGAUUAACGCACCGCUGGUCAGAGACAUGAAGCUGCCCCAGGUGCUGUAUGCAAAUUAUGAGGUGCAGCCCAGUCAGUUGUUCAUUUUGUUUGGGGAGAAAAGUUCAAGUAAAUUCACUUGGCUCAAGUCCAGAGAUAAGAGCACUUGGGUACAAGUUGCCAACACUUUCAGAUACAAACCAAGCGAAGAGGACGUUGGCCAUUAUUUGAAAUUAAUUUGCGUGCCUUGCUGUAGUGUUUUAACAGGGCCUGCAGUGGAGGUCGUGUCGGACAGUAGGGUGGUUGAAAUGGGGGAAUUACCCACUUGUCCGUUUGAAAAAAGACACGAGUUCACGACCACACAACUUGCAGAUAAUUGUUUUAGGUUUGUUUCUUACAACAUCUUGUCUAAUAGAUAUGUAGACAAUGAGCAGUUCUCAUACUGUCCUCCCCAAUUCUUAGCAAUUGAUUACAGAAAGCAACUAGUAGCUAAAGAACUAUCAGGUUACAACAGCGAUAUAUUCUGCUUGCAAGAAGUUGAUCAAUUUGCGUACAAUUAUUACUACAAGAACUUAUUUAAAAAUAAAAAUUAUCACAGUUUUUACUACCGAAAAGGCAACAAAAUUCCAGAAGGUUUGGCUUGUUUUUACAACAAAACGCGUUUCAAAAGAGUUGAUGACCACCAGAUAAUUUAUAGCCAAGAGUACAGUUACAAGAAAAAUCACUAUAAAUAUUUGAGGCCUAUAAUUGAAUCCAAUGCCUUACUAAAAGAUUGUUUUAUGAAGCAAUUAACAUCGCUACAAGUCACUGUUUUAAAUGUAAAUAAUUCAAACAGAAAUGUUUUUAUUAUUGUGGCAAAUACGCAUCUCUAUUAUCACCCUGACGCUGAAUUGGUGCGAGUGCUGCAAAUAAGCAUGGCCACAACAUAUUUGAGUUUGUUACACAAGCAUUAUAACAAGGAUGGUAAUACUGUUCGGGUUAUUUUAUGUGGUGACUUUAACAGUGUGCCAACUUCCACAGUUUAUGAAUUUUUGACUAAAGGAAAUCUUAGUAGAGAUAAUAAAGUCUUUGAGAAAACUGUUAACAACGUAAACCUCAGACAUGAUUUCCAGCUUCAAAGUGCCUGUGGUUCCCCGACUUACACAAACUACACCGAUGAUUUUAGAGGUUGCUUGGAUUAUAUUUUUAUAGAGAAGGGCAAAAUGAGAGUUUGCAACGUUGUGCCAUUUCCCAAAAAUGAAGACCUUGAGGCUUUUGAGGGAUUACCUAACGAAGUCUACCCUUCCGAUCAUUUAGCACUUGUUGUAGACUUGGAAAUAAUUUAACGUGCGCUUAAAGAUGUGAUAUUUUUUCCUGAUCUUGUGUCUGAAUAUGUGUGACAAUAUACUUAUUUUUCUAUUGCAA